UAACUAUCGUUUUUGUCAAGUCAUCCGCCAUCUUCUGAAGAAAAGAAAGCACGAGACAAGUUUAGAGGGAGAAAAAUUCAGUUCCUAAACAAGAUGCCGGGACCAGACGAAGCUAUAACGACAGUGGUCGUGCACCCUAUAGUCCUUUUAAGCGUUGUGGACCAUUUCAACCGUAUGGGAAAAGUUGGUAGCCAAAAGCGUGUCGUCGGAGUUUUGUUGGGCUCUAGACGAAAAGGGGUACUAGAUGUCGCCAAUUGUUUUGCCGUUCCCUUUGAUGAAGACGACCGUGACCAAAAUGUGUGGUUCUUGGAUCACGACUACUUAGAAAACAUGUAUGCGAUGUUCAAAAAGGUUAAUGCUCGGGAGAGGAUUGUUGGAUGGUACCACACAGGUCCUAAGCUUCACAGAAAUGAUGUUGUUAUCAAUGAGCUCAUCAGGAGAUAUUGCUCUAAUUCAGUAUUGGUGAUUAUUGAUGCCAAGCCAAAAGACCUACGUCUACCUACAGACGCCUAUGUUGCAGUAGAGGAGGUCCAUGAUGAUGGUACCCCUACUACCAAGACCUUUGAGCAUAUCCCCAGUGAGAUUGGCGCAGAGGAGGCUGAAGAAGUUGGGGUGGAGCAUCUAUUAAGGGAUAUAAAGAAUUUGACAGCAGGGACGUUAUCACAGCGGAUCACCAACCAGCUAACAUCACUAAAGGGUCUCCACGCACGACUUGGGGAUAUAAGGGACUAUCUAGAAAAAGUUGCCACCAAGAAACUACCUGUCAAUCAUACGAUAAUCUACGAGCUCCAAGAUGUGUUCAACCUCCUACCUAACCUGGACAUAGAGGAUUUCUGCAAGGCUGUUACUGUCAAGACCAAUGACCAGAUGCUUGUAGUGUACGUAGCAUCUCUUAUCCGCUCCAUCAUUGCGCUACACAACCUCAUCAGCAAUAAAGUGACGAACAGGGAUGCAGAGAAGGACGAAGCAAGUAAGAAAGAUGAGAAAAGCAAAGAAAAGGAGAAGGAAAAGGAGAAAGAAAAAGAUAAGGAUACUAAAGAAAAGGACAGUCAAGGGAAAAGCAAAGACAAAGACAAGGCCUCUGAUGCAAGCAAGAAAUAGCCAUAUGAAAUAUUGCCAAUGAAAGAAAUCAACCUUUAAGUGUGCAUUGUUAAACAUGAUCCUGCUUUUGCUAUUUGUCACACCAUGUGGAAAUUCCAAAGGAUCUACUAGUUCAUUUGUCUUUAUGAACAUUAUCACCCUCUUCCUCUAACAGUAGAACCAUCAUGUAAGUUGUAUUUAAAAAGAAAUCACAAUCAGCCAUUGUGGUCGUUGGGGUGUUUGAUGUUCACAUAUUUGUACAAUAUUUCAAGUGCCCUUAGAUUUUCUUGAAAAAAAGGGCUGACCAAUUUGUAUAGCAUUUUCUGGAUACUGUGCCAUUUAAGUCAUCAGAGAAAGUUUCAUAUUUAAAAUAAGCAGGCAACGUUGAUAGUUAUGGGGGAGGGGGUAGCAGUAAAGAAUAUGUACCAUGGGGGAGAGGCAGGGAACUAUGGCUUAGUUCAAACGUCGUAUUAUUCAUGAGCUGUAUUCAAUGCAAAUGAAUAGAGCUGAUUGUUUCAUCUUCAUUUGCAUGCAUUUGCAUUAAAUACGGCUCUUGGAUAAUGCCAUGCUUGAACUUAGCCUAUGAGAGUUUUAGGGGAGUAAAGUAUAUCUCCUCGAAGCUCCUCACUGCCAAAAUUAUCAGGGGCAGGGGGGGGGGGGGGUGGGGGGCUCAAAAAAGAGUGGAAGGGUGGGGAGGUCUGGUAUCACUUUUAUUUUAGUAAAAUACAAAAUUACUUAUGUAACAAAGUGUUUUUAUUCACAGUACGGUUGUCAUUAGAAUAUGGAUUUCCAAAGAAGUGGUAGAACAAUAGCGCAGCCUUGAACACUUAUCAAAUCCAAGGGAAAUUCAGCUGAAAUUUACGCCAUAGAUAAUUAUUUAGAAUUUUUUCCCCUCUUUUUUGAAAAAAAAAAAGAGGAAAAUUUGCAGGGGGGUUGGGGGGGGGGCUAUAGCCCCCACCCCUUCCCCCCCCCCCCCCCGGUGCGCGGCCCCUGAGUAAAGCCGCAAUGUCGCCAGUUUACUUCUGGUCGAUUACUUAACAAUCUCCGAUGAUUUUUAACGGAAUACACGAAAAUUAUUUCAAAAUUGCCGUGUGUUUAUUGGCAGUUUCUUGGUGGAUGUGACUGAUAAUUUAGAGCGGAUUCUAAUAGAUUCUGUUGUCGGUUUAGGUUUGCGUCUGCCCUCCAAAAGGAAACUGCUGACAAUGCGGCUUUAAGUAAUUUUAUUACUUUAAACACGAGAUUCCGCUAUAAAAGGGAAAGCUCCUCCCAUCCCCGGGCUCAAAUUUGCAAUUAUAAUCAGAACACUGCCACGCUAACGGUCACAUAUUUUAAGUCUCCUGUAAAAUUGCUUAUCUCUGAGCCGGCUUGAAUAAAACACAGGUAACAAGACAGCUGUGUUAAUAGGUUGAUAAAUUAGUUAUUUGCUGUCCACUCACGUUUUUGGUGCACAAUUUUAAAUUUUGCGCUAUCCAUAAUCUAUCGCACCUGCAUAAAUUAUUCUCGCGCUGUGAUGAAAAUGCUCGUAUUUUAGAGCGCACACAGCUUGGUAUAGCAUUAUUUUACGAUAGAUAGAAACAUUUAGACAACUCUAGGAAUUAUAUUUAUUUUUGUUUAGAAUAUGAAAUUUGAAUUUAGCGCUCAGAGCAAUUGUCCUGACAUGUUGACUCAUUGACGGCUCAUUGAUAACUGAUUGUUCUUGAGCCCGGGGGUGGGAGGAGCUUUCCCUUUUAUAGCGAAACCUCGUGUUUAAAAAUAGGUGAUAUCGUGAUUUUGGGGCUUCAGCCCAACCCAACCCGAUUAGCUUGCGUUGUGUAGUUCCCGUUAAUCACUGUGCUAGUUAUCACCAUUUCCCUACGAACGUAUUUCGAGUUUCGUGUGACAUUUUUAUGAAGAGAUGUAUUUUGUAACAUUAACAGGUGUUAUUUCCAAAAACAAAGUUUGACUAAAAUUGUGGAACUACUGUGGAAUUUCCCCCCUAGUUAAAAACUGAAAAAUAAAACUGGUUUUGAAAAUGGCAAAA